UUGAUUGCCUCGACUCCACCACCACCACCACCACCAUCACGCAACAGCGCAUUCUACUUUAUGGAAUUGCCGCACCCAGAAGAACGCCCGCUCAAGAAGCGUAGGUUCUUUGCCGGGAAUUCAUCUCCCAAUCCAAAUCUGCCUGCCCACCCGGCAUCGCCGCACCGUACCCACCCAGUAACAACUGCAUCAUCGCCCGCGAGCAACAAUGUCGUGGAAAGAUUACACAAUGACUUCGAUGGAUUUGAUGUGCAAACACUGCAGGCAGUUGUCGGUGAUUUGUCACUGGAAACGUUGCACAAGCUAAAAGAAGUCAGCGAGAGCAAUGUCCAGAGGGCAAUCAAUUUGUAUUUGGACGGUUCCUGGGCCACAGCACGUCGGCCCUCCACUAUCUUUGCGCCUUUAUCCAAAUCUUCGGUGCAGUCUCGCCGGCUACCUGUCCAGACUACCCUCUCGAGAAAACCCCUGAGGCGUAACGAAUCCGAACGAUCCACCGCUUCAUCAGUCGAUUCCAACUCGUCUGCGUCCAUGGCUCCCAUACUCAAAGCUAUGCCCGAUGAUCGCUAUAUUGGUUCUUUUGGCGCUGCAGGAUGGGCGACGAGAAAUGGCAAAGGGUUGUUGGCUCCUGAGGAAAAGAUCACCAUCUCACGCCAAUUGGCGCCGCCCAAGGCAACCGGCAAGACCCCUAAACGAGUAGCGCAGCUCAAGAAGCAAGAUAUCGUUGUUCGCUUCACCAACGGAAGAGGAGAAGAAGUCGGUCGCUUGGAGAAUGAGUCGGCAAAUUGGAUAUCUACUUUGAUUGACCAGAAUAUAUGUCGAUUCGAAGGCAAGGUCGUUUGGGUUGACAGCCCAAUCAGAACAAAUGAUACAAUCUAUCUUCAAUUGCACGCAUACUUCCUUCGCGAUGCUUUCCAUAAAAAGAAGUUCGACAAGCCAGAUUCCAAUCGCGAAAUCAACCUCUUCGAGCACAAGGAGAGCUCUGAUGAGCGGUCAUUACGGCUACGCCAAGUUGGUCUGGUGAAGCUCUUCGAAGCCAUCAACUUGCAUCCAACCAAGGAAAACGCAACUACCGAGAAGCACAAACGGCAAGGACUGCUGCAAGCUACACAGAAAGACGAGCCGGACAAGUCCAAGCAGAAGAUUCCCAACUCAACCAAUGAUCUACCCUCUUCGCCGCCUUCGGAUGAAGCUGAAGACGGCAAAGAGCUCGAGCAGGACCAGCUCGAUUCUCUUUACCGAAAAGCGCAGUCCUUCGAUUUUGAUACCCCCGAGAUGACUCCUUGUGACACUUUUCGCCUGAGCCUUCGUAAGUACCAGCGACAGGCUCUGCAUUGGAUGGUUGGAAAAGAGAAGGCAGAGGCUCUCGACCACAAAGACGAGAGCAUGCACCCGCUCUGGGAAGAAUAUGAAUGGCCUUCGCAGGAUGCAGACAGCAACUCUGUACCUGUAAUUGAGGAUCAAACCAUGUUCUACGUUAAUCCCUACUCUGGACAACUUUCCCUAGAGUUUCCCAGGCAAGAGCAGAAUUGCCUGGGUGGUAUCCUGGCCGAUGAAAUGGGACUAGGCAAGACUAUCGAGAUGCUGAGUUUGAUACACACGCAUCGAUUGCAACCUUCGAUCGAUGAUUCGUCAAAUACUGCCAAGCAACUUCCCCGACUCUUCAAGAGCGGUGCCGAAGUAGAACCCGCCCCGUAUACCACCUUGGUUAUUGCGCCUAUGUCGUUGCUGGCACAAUGGGAAAGCGAGGCCGAGAAAGCUUCCAACGAGGGCACUUUGAAGACUACCGUCUACUACGGCUCUGAGAAAGCUGUAAAUCUCCAGAAGCUUUGCAGCGCCUCCAAUGGCGCGAAUGCUCCAAAUGUCAUCAUCACCAGCUAUGGUACAGUUCUUUCCGAGUACAAUCAGGUCGUGAAAGCAGACGGUGAUCGCGGUUCGCAUGGCGGCAUCUUCUCUCUCAACUAUUUCCGCAUUAUCCUCGACGAAGCGCACUUUGUUAAGAAUCGGCAAUCGAAAACCGCAAAGGCGUGCUACGAGCUGAGCGCACGACACCGCUGGGUCCUUACUGGAACGCCCAUCGUGAACCGCCUGGAGGAUCUUUUCAGUUUGGUGCGCUUUUUGAAGGUGGAGCCAUGGAGCAAUUUUUCUUUCUGGAAGACAUUUAUCACUGUGCCUUUCGAAGCUGGCGACUUCAUACGCGCCCUUGACGUUGUACAGACCGUCCUUGAACCGCUGGUGAUUCGUCGAACGAAAGACAUGAAGACUCCCGACGGCGAAGCAUUGGUUCCGCUUCCCCCUCGCACAAUCGAAGUGGAGAAGGUUACGCUUUCCCAGGACGAGCGAGACGUAUACGACCACAUAUUCAUGCGAGCGAAAAGAGUGUUCAACGCCGAAGCCGAUCGGGGAAGUCUUUUGAAAUCGUACACCACCAUCUUUGCGCAGAUUUUACGGCUUCGUCAAUCUUGUUGCCAUCCAGUCUUGACCCGGAACGCCGAUAUCGUCGCCGACGAAGAAGAUGCCGCGGCUGCAUCCGAUAUUGCCAAGGGGCUGGCCGAUGAUAUGGAUUUACAAAGCCUUAUCGAACGCUUCACUUCUGAUAGCGAGAAAGACGUCAACCAGUUUGGAGCCAAUGUUCUUAGGCAGAUACAGUCUGAAUCCGAAGCUGAAUGCCCAAUCUGCUCAGAAGAACCUAUGGCAGACCAAGCAGUGACGGGAUGCUGGCACUCCGCUUGCAAAGGUUGUCUCGUAGACUACAUCAAACACCAACGCGACAAGAACGAAAUCCCACGCUGUUUCAACUGCCGCGAACCAGUCAAUGGCCGCGAUAUUUUCGAAGUCAUUCGACACGACCGCCAGCCCAUUUCCGAUGACCCUGCUCUCCAGAGCACCCCAACAUCUGCCACACCACCAAUCUCCACCCAAUCUUCUCGCAUCUCCCUCCGUCGCAUCGGCCUCACUGGUUCCGCAAAAACCCAAGCCCUCCUUACUCACCUCAACGCUCUACAUCGCUCAGCUCCUCUCGCAAAAACUGUCGUCUUCUCUCAAUUCACCUCCUUCCUCGACCUCAUCCAGCCCGCCCUCGACCGCGACCAUAUCCCUUACCUCCGCUUCGACGGUACCAUGUCACAGAAAACUCGCGCCGCUACCCUCACCGAGUUCACGAAUAGCCCUAGACCUUACGUCCUCCUCCUCAGUCUUCGAGCUGGCGGUGUUGGACUGAAUCUUACUUGCGCGAGUCGCGUGUUUGUCAUGGAUCCGUGGUGGAGUUUUGCGGUGGAGGCGCAGGCUAUCGAUCGUGUGCAUCGGAUGGGUCAGGUUGAUUCGGUUAAGGUGGUACGGUUUAUUGUGCAGGGUAGCAUUGAGGAGAAAAUGCUACGGAUUCAGGAGAGGAAGAAGUUUAUUGCUUCAAGCUUGGGUAUGAUGUCGAAUGAAGAGAAGCGUGUCCAGCGCAUCGAGGAUAUCAAGGAACUGCUCAGCUAA